AUGAUGGAUACUUCGCUAUGGUCGCGAAGUAUCCGGAGGGCACGGGCUGUCAUGACCGGGGAUCCGAACAGACCUAUAAUGUUCCCCCGGUCCAGCCUGUUGGAAGGGUUCAGGGCAUGUCCCCUGACCCCCGGGAUUGCACCGCCUCCCUCGGCGUGCUUUCCCGAUCAACACCCAGGUGGUUAGUUACCACCGCCGAUCACGCGAGAGAAACUGAGCCAUAUCCUUGCCCUGUGCCUGACCAACUGCCAACCCUUGUGAGUGCUGAGCCUGAUAUGCUGAUUACGGAGCUUAUGAGGAACCCUGUGACUGCUGUUGGACGUCGCCAAUCACCGCUUGAAGUCGUGCCACCAUUGCUUGAUUGUUCUGCAUGAUCGAUCUCCACAGACAUGGCUUAUGCUCUGUGCUCAGGUGAGAGGUAUCUGUCCUGAUUAAAAGAGAGAUAUAACCACGUCUGGAAGACGUUUCCGU